GCACUGAUUGUCUUUCUGUCAAAUUGCAGCUGGGUACUGUUUGGAUAUAUUUUUCAGAAUUUGUACAUAUAAUUUUUGCGAAUCAGUUACGAUUCCCACAGCAGAAUGUGGUUCGAAAUCAUACCAUCGUUUGCUAUCGUAACAGUGGUACUAUCAGUUCCCGGUUUUGCUUUGUACGGACUACACAAGCUGACAUUGGAUAAUGCAUACCGGCGUAACAUGGAUCAGAGAUGGGAACGUAUUAUGUACACAAGAGAUGUGAGACUUACCGGCAAUCCCUACAAGUGCAAUGGUUUGGAUUCGAUUCCGGAUAAGUAAGAGUAACUGUGAGUCGGUGGCUAAUUGGUAGAAUAAACCAGCUUGUUUGAAAAACGGAAA